AUGAGCGAGGAUUAUCUGGCCGCAAGCUUUGGAGAACCAAACGCUCAGCCGCCCACGCCGAAGCAAACCCCAACAACUGCCACCUUUCCGAGUCCCAUAUUCGAAACGCCGAAACACUAUCAAGGCUCUUUUUCAGAAGCCGGUGGCUUGACUCCUCGGUUUGCCGAAGAGUACUCCGUCUUCAACGCAACUCCAGGCAACCUACGUGGUACCCAAGGUCCUUUCCCAGACCUUAUAUCUGCCACAUCGGCGAGCUCUUCUGUUGGUCAUAAGCGGUUGUUGUCUGCUGAGGGCCUAGCUGUUGAAAUCGCCGCGCAUGUAAACCACUUCUCCCCAAACCCAAGCGCCGCUUUGCCUCCUGUUGCUCCAGCCCACCGUUUACCGUCGUCUCCAAACCCAUCCGCUGCUACCAGCUUCAACCCUCAGCUCAGUCCCCGUCUAUCCAAGACCCCGACCUCAUUAUCCAAGAAAGCUCGACGGGGUUCUAUCACCGAAGAGGAGCCGACCCAGGUUAUUUCACCGCCGCCCACGGCACGAAAGGGAGAGCGAAAGCUCGCCCCAAAGGUCAAUAUGCAAAAUGACCAAAGCUUCGGCCAUCCGGACUUCCAUGAUCCAUCGCAACAGGAAAUGGCGGUAUUGAUGGGAAGUGCUACCGACAUGUUCGGCUAUCCGAUGUCUGCUCCAGCCGUUACACAAUCCAACUUUUGGGACCCAUCUAUGUCUGUGAAUAUGGAUCUGGACUUCACAGCAAGUGCUAAUAUGUUCCAACCUCCUACGCCUUCUCACCGCCAUACAGGCUCUUUUGAUUGGAACAGCGAUAUUCAGCUUUUCCAGGAUACCAGCGCUCCGCCCUCGUCAAAUCAAGAAAAUUUACAGCCCGUUAGACAAGAGAGAACACUGGCUCCAAAACCACCAGCAUCUACUGCUGUAUGCACCAGCGCUACCGACCCUUCGUUGUCGACAUCUUUUGCCCCUAUGUUGGAUGACCCGUUUAACAUGGUAAAUUCCGGCAAUGGUGUUGACCCAGGCUUACUUUUCAGUCGACCGCAGAGCGCCUCCAUGGAUGCUGAAUUCAGUACUAUGGUUCAAUCUGGAUCUGCAGAGGCAGCAAUUGUCCAAUCGGGUAAGGCCCAAGUAGGAGAUGUUCGCAGGUCAGGCGUUGUCAGAGACGGAAAGAAGGCCAUCAAGGGACCAGACCGAGCAACGGCAAGCUCUCCAGUAAAGGCAUCGGGCAGGCCAGGACUUGGUCGAAGCGUUAGUGAGAAUCGAGGAAGGAAAGGCGCGAGACGAGGCUCGCUUCCGGUGUUGGCUCCUGCAGCGAGGCCAGCCUCUGGGUCAGGAAUCACAGCCAGCAAAUCUACAUCUCGUCUGCCAGGCAGGAUAUCGCCGCUCAAGACACAGCAGCGGUUAUCGAGUCUAGCAUCCAUCCCAGAGACAUCGCCGCAGGCCAGACAACGCGCCUCUAUCAGGUUCUCCAUUGAUGCACACGGGCGAGCGACAGUCGAAACCACAAUGCUAGGAGGUGGCGGUACCUCGAUGACUCGAAGUCAAAGUUCUCAGGACCUGUCAACACGUCGAAGCUGGUCAUCGGCGGAAGAUGAUUCUGAUACUGAUGAUGAACCCAUAAUAAUCCCCAGCCGGACCAGCUCUUUCAAUGCGUCGUUCGCUCUCCCGGAUCCCCGGAAGCCAGUAGGGUCAAUUUUCCACUCCUCGAGGCGAAGCGUCAGCGACAGAAGCAAUAGCAACUCGGCCAACGAGGGGGAGAGCGAAGCAGAGACGGUGGUUAAUGAGAAACCCGGCAAGGUCGGAGAUGCGGCUAGCGAAUUGAGAAAAGUUGUCCAGGAUCGACAGAAGCGCUCUCUCCAGGUCGGAUCCAGUCGAUCGUCACAGCGGACCUUGAACACCAAUCUUCGCAACUUUCCUGGAGGUAUUAUUUCACCAACCAGCCUGACUGAGUCAAGCUACGGGCCGGAUACCUAUAACGUCCGAUGCGUAUGCAACAUCAGCAAGGCAGACGAGAGUGAUGGCUUCAUGGUUCAAUGGUAG